UAUCCAACCAGAUCCCAUUUUCUUAGUCUUAUGUAAUCCAUAUCUCAACAAAAUCAAUUAUAACCUUAGUCAUCGUUUUAAUUUUGCCCUUUUUGGCUACCAAUCUUAAUCCUGAUCACAUCUUUAGCAUCCAACAUGCUCAAAACCGACUUUGCUUGUUCGACAACCGUAGCACCAGCCAUUGCCAAAUUUUUCCCCCACCCCCUACUCCCAACCACCAAAUCCGUCCGAUAGAAAUCACAAAUUCCCGUGAACGAAUCGCUACCAAGUCGUUUUCUUCUUCAGCCUCUCUCAUUCUCACCCCCUACUUAAUGAUUUCUAUUUCUUGCAAGCGUGGCAUGGCCUCACUUUUGGAGUAGAGUAAAAGAUUUUUAAAACCGUGGAAGUUGCAGGGUUCCCACCAACCUCAAUUUAUCUUUUACGUCCCACUACCUCCAUAUCCAAAUAUAUAUAAAUCCAGUUCUAAGCAAAAACCCAUUCCAAGUCUUCCGCUCAUGGAUCCAUAGACCAAAUCUUGUUACAAUUUUCGGCUAAGAAUUAUGGUUCCAAUGGCUAAAUUCCUCGCCUCAAUCUUAUUACUUAUCCCCUUUGCCUUUGCUGAUGUCAGUUUUAACUACCCAGCCGUCUUCAACUUCGGCGACUCCAAUUCCGACACCGGCGUCCGCAUCGCCGCCGGCCUCGAGAGCCUCGAGCUGCCUAAUGGUCAGACCUACUUCCGCCGGCCGGCCGGACGGUUCUGCGAUGGCCGACUCAUCAUCGACUUCCUCAUGGAUGCUAUGGAUAUGCCAUUCCUUAAUGCCUAUCUGGAUUCUGUUGGUGCACCAAGUUUCCAGAAAGGUUGCAACUUUGCUGCAGCUGGGUCUGCAAUACUUCCAGCAACAGCAUCAUCUGUCAGCCCAUUUUCAUUUGGCAUUCAAGUUGCUCAGUUCUUUCGAUUUAAAGACCGAGUUCUUGAGUUGCUAGGUGAAGGGAACAAAUAUACCAGAUAUAUUCCUAUGGUUGAUUUCUUCAGUCAAGGACUUUACAUGUUUGACAUAGGACAAAAUGACCUUGCUGGCGCAUUCUAUUCCAAAACAGAGGACCAAGUUAUUGCUUCUAUCCCAACAAUACUGGUGGAGUUUGAAACUGGACUUAAGCAAUUAUAUAACCAAGGUGCAAGGAGAUUUUGGAUUCAUAAUACUGGUCCACUUGGGUGCUUACCUCAGAACAUAGCCACUUUUGGCAAAGAUCCAUUGAAGCUGGAUGAGCUUGGAUGUGUGAAUGCUCACAACCGUGCUGCUAAGCUUUUCAAUCUGCAGCUUCAUGCACUUUGCACAAAAUUGCAGGGUCAAUUUGCAGAUGCAAAUGUUACUUAUAUUGACAUCUUCUCCAUAAAAUACAACCUUGUUGCAAAUUUUUCUCGAUAUGGGUUUGAGCAUCCCACAACAGCUUGCUGUGGAUAUGGGGGGCCACCAUUGAAUUAUGAUAGUCGAAUCCCAUGUGGACAAACAAAGAUUUUUAAUGGGAGCUCAGUAACAGCAAAAGGGUGCAAUGAUACUACUGAGUAUGUUAGUUGGGAUGGAAUACAUUAUACUGAGGCUGGAAAUCUUCAUGUUUCAUCACAAAUACUCACUGGGAAGUACUCUGAUCCGCCAUUCUCAGAUAAAAUGCCUUUCCUUCUCAAACUAAAGUUUUGAGACCAAGUUGACUUGCAAUUCUGUCUACUGAUGGCGGACCAUGUAGCCGUUAAAUGUAUUAUUGUUGUUAAUGUUAUUAAAUCAAGUUGUAUUCCUUAAACAAGUGAAAUAAAUGUCAUGCUCAGUUCUUUCCAUGAUCAAAA